AAACAUGGCUGCGCCCAUGAGUUACAAAGGUUAUGUUGUAAUUAAAAAGUUAGAUCUAAGUAAAAUAUUGAUUAGAUAUGCAUCAAAGUUAAGAGAGGCUACAGACAAAUCUCAAAGUCAAGGGAAACACAAGAAUACCUUUAUUGAUUCAUUGAGGGUUUAUGUUCGUGGUGGAGCUGGAGGUCAAGGUCAUCCUAGAUUUGGAGGAAUAGGAGGUGAUGGGGGAAAUGUGGUAAUAAGAGCCUCAAAAAACACUUCCUUGAAAUCAGUAUUCAGAUUGUACCCAACCAAAAGAUUUUCAGCUCCUACUGGAAAAAAUAGUCAGAAAUAUAGACUGCUAGGAGACCCUGGUGAAAAUUUGAAAAUAGAUGUACCAGUUGGUAUUAGUGUUCAAACAGAUUCUGGUAGAGUUAUAGGUGAAUUGGAUACAGAAGGACAAGAGUUAGUGUUAGCUCGAGGUGGAAAGGGAGGUAACCCAGAUAAUGGAUUUUUAGGAAGAAAGGGAGAAAAUAGAAGUGUGAAGUUGGAUUUAAAACUAUUAGCUGACAUUGGAUUAGUUGGAUUUCCUAAUGCUGGAAAAUCCACAUUUUUAAGUGCAGUUUCUAGAGCUAAUCCAAAAAUAGCUGCGUACCCAUUUACCACAAUACAACCUCAAUUAGGAAUAGUGGAAUAUCCAGACUCCAGAAGAAUUUCCAUAGCAGACUUACCUGGACUUAUUGAAGGUGCUCAUGACAAUUUUGGUAUGGGACACAGAUUUCUUAAACAUAUUGAAAGAACCAAGUUACUCCUCAUGUUGGUAGAUAUAAAUGGAUUCUCUCUUGGUGUUAAAUAUGAUUUAAGAACAGCAUUUGAAACUAUCCUAUUACUAAAUAAGGAACUGGAGUUAUAUAUGACUGAUUUAACGGAUCGGCCAACAAUUUUAGUUUUAAAUAAAAUAGACACAGACUCUACAUCAGAAUCUAAAGCAGACAAAAUCAUACAAGAUGUGAAAAAUUUACCUGAAACACUGAAGAAUGUUGAUAAUGAACUACAUCCUAAAUCAUUAUUGAAAUUUGAUGAUAUUUUCACUAUUUCUGCCAAGGAAAAGUUGGGACUAGAAUGUGUCUUGUCAUGUAUUAGAAACAGACUGGAUUAUUAUGCUGAAUUAAAAAGAACUGAAUCAGACAGAAUCAAGGGUGAUGUGGUAGAGGAAAUAUUUGACAAAAGAUUGGUGUAAAUAUUGUACUCACAAAAUAAUAUGGAGAAUUUUAUUUUGAACUUCGCUACAAGUAACUAAAAAACUGUUAUUAUUAGUGAUGAGCAAUCAGACGGAAAUAAUAAUCAUUUAAUUAAUUGAAAUAAUCGGAGAGGCAUAAUCAAUUAUGUAAUCUAUUAAUAAUCAAAACACACCCCAUUUAAUGAACACGUACUUGUUUUAAGGCUUUAUAAAUUAAUUUAUAAAUCAUGCCUCAUUUUUUUCUGUGCCGAAUCUAAGGCUAGUCCUCGAGAAAAAUUAAUUAAAGGUGUGACAAAUUAUCAGGGUCUCAUUGUUUUAGUCACCUUAUCUUAUAAUAAGUUAUGUUAAAUUCAUUAUCAGAAAAACAACAGGACUGACUUUAGGUUGAGAAUCGAUUAGUAACAUUGCUGGACUUUCAACGACUGAUAAUCGAUUGUCGCCGGCAAUUGGAACAUCACUAGUUGUCAUUUAUAUUAAAUAUGUAAAAAGGACUACAUUUAUACCUCUCUGAGACUAUGAAUUUAAGAUAACGUGUUCUUUUAAUUAUAUCACUUUAGAAUAAAUAGUAUUUAUGCUAAAA